GUACCAGCCGGCAGUAGCGAGUGCCGUGCUUAACACGGCCUACCCGCUGCGCGCGUAGACCGUUAAAAGGCGGCCGCCCAUCGUCGAUCCGUUUCUACUCGCGUCGAGUCGCGUCGCGUCGCGUCGCGUCGCGCCACGUAAGGGUCGACUCGUGUCGUGUGUUUCCCUCUUUUAUUUUCCAUCCCUCCGGAAAUAUAUACGGCGCGAGCCGCGCGCGCCCGGCUGUGAGGAGCGGUGUGAGUGGAUAAUGGUAGCGAGGAAGUGCCGGCGUCGUCGCCGUCGUCGAGUGGCGUCCCGCCGUCGCCGGCAGCCCGAGCGACGCUGCUACUCGCGUGAACGACGACUUCCCGGCGAAGGCGCGGAGUGAACGGCCUCUCGCGUGAUCGACUCCUCUGUUCUACGUGGACGCCCCCGGCGUUCAGAAUUUUGAGACGAGGGCGACGAGGGCGAAGAGAGCUCUCCCGUGCGCGCGUGAACUCGACGACGAUGCGUCGUCGUCUUCGUCGGCGGUGCGUGCGCGCGCGCGCGGACGUGCGUCGGGAGGGAAAAAGGGCUUUUCGCACUGCGGGGGUUGCGUGUGCUGAUCGAAGGGCCCCGGAGUGAGAGCGGCGUGAUUGCACGCGGCGCUGUGUUCUCGCGUGAGGUUUUCCAUUCGCGCAAACGAAGGAACGCUCGUUCCUUUAUCGGGAACUUUUGCAGACAGGCGUGAAAAAACUUCGUAAGCGAAUUACGAGACGGCGACACGUCAAGCAUCACGUGUAUUGUGUUUUCAGUGGUACCACGAUCUCUAGAAACUCCUUCGAUGCGAGAAAGCGCGUGAGAAUCGUGACACGCGGGUAACGAGAGUAGAAUUAAAUCUAAGAGUGCUCUAAAAUCUCAGUGUUACUUCGCCAGUGUCUCACGAAGAAGGGAAGGCCGUGCGAUAUAAUCGGCGAAAACCUGGAGUAGCAAGAAGGGAAGAAUUCGCGCGAUCGAGGAUACGAAUUCUCAAUUGGAUUUACGCAGGGGCCAGCAUUGUAAAUGAGUGAUAUCGGGUGACAUAUCGAGUGGAGGGGAUAAAAUUGGGCGCGCGAGAACGCUCGCUCGAUGAAUUACAAACUGGUCUAUAUUGAUUUAACUCGAUAACAUCAUCAGCAUUAAUAAUUCUACUAAUAUAAUAAUUCUCUUCUGAAUAUAUAAUAUUAAUAUAUAAUUUUGUGUGCGGAGUGUGAUUAAAAUUUACCGUUUGUUCCAAAUUUGAGAGAGAUAUAUUGCCGUAUAUAAAAGAAUCUAUAUGUAUGUAUACACGUGUAUUUGUAUACAUGUAUGUGUCGUUGACGAGAUGAUGAUAUAGAGCGACACGAAAAGGGAGAAGAAAGGUGACACUUAACGACCAAACGAAAGUUGUCAAUUACUAUUUAAUCGUCGUGUUAAAGUUUCCACGUUCAAUUAUUAUAAAUGUUAAAGUUGGUUCGUCUGUAGUUCCCUGUUAAAUCUACCUCUCUUGAGUAUCGACAACGAAAGCUCGGAAAACGGCCUAUAAACAAUAUCUGUGCGUACAGUGCUGCGCAUCACACGCAAUCCGAAAUCUCGACAAUGAUUGUACCUGGUUUGAUAAGGUAUUAAAUCGUCUUCAAAAACGAGAAUGCCGUGUAUCGUUUCAAAGAUAGCAAUGGCGGCAUGAACGUACGAGACUGGUUACAAAGUGCCAUUUGCGCAGAGUAUCGCGCGAUUUCAAAUCUUCUAUCAAGAUCGCGUCUCGACUUCCAAGCUUCCUGUUCGUGGUGUAGCCUGUAGAACGGAACCUGAAGAGAGAAACACUCGAUAUAUGUAGACGUAAAGGUGAUAAAAAAAUCGUAGAACAUAGUUAGACUUUGUGUGAGAUGUGAAAAUUCGAAACGAGUCAACAUGGAGAUCAUCAUGGAACGCGACGCAACGACCAAAAAUUCGACUACACCAAUGGCCUCCAUGAGGUUCGCCAAGCUGCAAUUCAUGUUCCUUCUUGGUCCACAAGAGGGGAUGUGACUUGAUUUAGGAGCGAACCUCGACAUACGAUGAAUCGCCUCAGGGAUCGUCAGAUAGAAACAUAGGCGCAUAACAAAAAUAAAAUUAAAAAGAAAACAAUAAAGCAUUUACGACGCGCAGUGCAUCCGACAAGGCUAGAAAAUGGAUUCGACAAAAUUGGGCGGUCCAGCACCGACUAGUCCGACUCACUCGCCAGUUCUGCCGACCUACGCCACGUCUGGCGAAGGUAACAUCGAUUACAUCAUAGGUGACUACAUGGAGAGACUGGGCACAAGACUGAAUAUUCUCGAGACCGAACUGAAGUAUGCGUGGAGAGCGCUGGAUCUUCUCAGUCAGGAAUACAUCAAGAUGUGGGAAAGACUAGAAAAGCUGGAGGGUUUGCUGUACGAACAGCAAACUGUGAUCAGCCAGUUGAUCGAGUUUUAUACCAGUGGUGGCGCUCACGAGAACGUAAACGUUAUCGAGGAGACCCUGGCUAAUCAGCAAGGCUCGGUGGGUGAACUGGACGCGAUCGCAAAGAGCCUGAGUGCAGCGAUAGACAUCGAGGAUACUACCGUGCUGCGGGAAAAACUGGCUCAACAGGAGCUAGCAAGGAUGCAUGGGAUCACGCAAGAUAGUACAACGGCCGCAACUGUAGUCACUGACAUGCACAGAAAUGUCAGAAAUCUCGAUACCUUGGAGACCCUCGAAGAAGAGGGCAACAUACCCGAUGAGGCAUUCUACAGAAGUCUGAACAACGCCUAUAGAGAAGAUUUGAUUUGCGGCGAUACAUCGAGACCGACGUCGCAGCUGGGAAUGAUCUGGGAGGAGGCUGAAGACGAAGAUAUAAACGGCAAGAAGGAAGUGGAGUCUAGCAUUUUUGAUAAGACUAUGCCAAAAGAGAAAGAACUGGAGGAGCUGUCUAGUCAACCGACUAAGGAGGAAGUACAAACCUCUAUAAUGAAGAAACAGGACGAAGCAGACGAAGAUGAAGGCGAGGUAUUUAGCGCGGCCGAUUACAAGAGUUACCGGGGGAACACACCGUGCAUUAGCGAACAAGAUCUCGCUCAGCUUUCUAGACUCAGUUCUCUCGAUCAAGUCGCGUUAGAGAAAUUGCAUGAGAUAGACAGAUUAACCAAUAAGCUGCAGAAGGACUCGCAGAAUCUGAUAGAAUUGCAAUCGAGAUUGAUAGACUCGCCGAAGCGAAGCCAGUAUUCGACCGAGGCCGAGGCAAAACUUGCCGAGGAGGCAAGUAGUAUAGACGAGCAAUUGAGGAAGAUCUAUGCGGAGACCGAUGUCGACAGCUGGACCUUCUCCAAAAGUCCCGGCUCUACCGGCGGCAGAUCAAUUUCUAGAGUCAGUACCGACAGCGGACUGGCUACUGACGGCGACUUCACAACGAGAUCUAUAUCGCCAAGACUGACUUCUACGUCCAGGAGCAACUUAGACUCCAUUUCGACUACCUAUACUCCGCCUAGAUUAGGUUAUACGUCGGCCAUACUGGAGAAGAGCCCAGAGCCGGUGAUUCAGUUGCCGAUCGACGUCGGUAAUUUCGCGAAAGGGUACGCGGAGAACAAGGAACUGACAGAUUUGAUGGCCGAAAGCUUCGCGACGGCUGUCACUUGUGCUUCGCCCAAUAUUUAUAGCACGACCACCGACAAGGUGCCGUCGCCCACGUUGUCGGCCAGCAGCGUGCAAAGCGUUCACAGCGUGCAGGGUCUCCGCACUAGACAAGAUGGAUAUUUUGGUAGCGCGGCCCAGCUUAAUCUCGAAUUCCAAGAGAGCCGGACGCCACCUAGCCCAUCGCCUAGCUCGCCACCUCCGCCGGCGCCGCGAGACACGACCGAAUCCUUCCUCAUGCCUGGCGCGGAUCAAAGAGAAUCAGACGCGAAAAGAUCUCAGAGCCCGAGUUUCCUGCGAAAUACGGAGAAGCUAGUCUCCAUGGAGCAAGGUCGCCUCAGUCCUCGCACUCCUCACUCGCCCAAGUCACCGAGAGUCUCGCCGAAACAUACGGUUAAAUCCGGUAGCGCCGCCAAUAUAGUAACAGCAAAAUCUGAUUCUGGUUUAUCAUCCAUGAGUGGCUGGAGCAGCUUAGAUAAAUCGCCGAGUUCUCCGAAGAGCUCCAUCACUAAGAUGUUGACUUCCUAUUCGGUGGAUCACACUCGUACGAGCAAUCUUAUACCGAGCACGCAGCCCGCCAGAAUCUCCAGUCCGAUACCACCGCUUCCCGAGACGACCGGCGCCGUCACCAUUUUGCAAGAACCUCUCUACGAUACUCCCGAAGGUAGAGAUGCUUUCGCAAGCACUUUGACGACCACAGCCGGUCAUCCUCCUUACACAACAACGAUGAAUCACUUAUCGGCAUACACGACCGCCAGUAAGUCGCCGGCCAAGGAAGAUUAUACAUUUGUACCACCGCCAGCUCCGGGUGUAACCACUACCUGUCAGAGUCCUAAGAAACGCAGUCGUCAGCAGAGUUUUCAGCACGCUUACGGCUCGAUGCCUUCCGGUACAGGUACAGAUUACAUCUACAGAUCGGAACAACCGGCCAUUUACUCCGUGGCUGGCAGUAAUCGGCAGCAAGUUAUCACGAGCGUGUAUACUAGCGGUUCCGGUUCCUACGGGCCCAAGACUACUACCUCGGCUUACUAUUCCUCUCCUGACUCGAUGGAGCAUCAAUAUACCAACUACCAGGACAAUUACGGCACUCUUCAAUAUCCAGAGACGACGAGCGCCACGAAUGUUCACGCAAAAAAGCCGAUGCGUGGAAGCUCGUUUACGGACGGCAUGACGAAUCACGAAGGAUACAAGGCGGCGAUGUACCGCACGAUGUUCCCCACUGGCAACAUCACCGAUGCACUUUCGUACUAUCCGACCAGUGCAACUAAUCUGCCGCGAACGGAAACCAAUGAGAACACGUCGUGGCUGAACUCGAUGGAAGAACAAAUACCUCACGACUCGACGUCUUCCAGCAUUAGAUCCUUGACCUCCGACGGUAGCUACUCUCAAAGCCCGUAUACGGACCGUAGAUAUCCCCAGCCACCGGCCUAUCAGGCGCAUUCGGCAUAUCAGCAGCAUCAUACUUACGCGAAUCAAAACUACCCGCAAGCUUAUCAACAGCAGUAUCAAUCGUAUAGUCAACGACUGAGCAGUGCCGAGAGCGCGCAGCUCGCGGAUGGUUAUCAAAGACAAUGGCAGAGAGAGCAUCAAUAUAUUCAAGAUCAUGAAAGCGGAAGGAUAUCUAUGGAACAGCAGCAGGCGCAGCAGAGUGAAUAUUACGAUGCCUCGAGUGUUAUAGUCUCGCAAUCCGGAUAUAUCAGCAUCGCUACAAAUUUGAAAGAUCACGAAGUCGAUAACACCAAGCUGUCAAAAAAGAUUAGAAGAGGCUCUUCGUUGAAGAAUGCAAUGAGCUCUAUGAGUAAUUGGUUGCCUGAUUUGCAUCUUAGUAAACGUCACAGAAGUCAAUCAUUACCAGGCGGAGUCAGAAGAGAAGAUCUAGACAUGCCUCAAGACGCUCAACAGCAGAGGCUGCCCGCCGAGAUGGUAGGUAGAGGCCGGGGCAGAGGUCAGGCUGUCAGAAAAAAGAAAAAGCACACACUGGUUUCCACUGUCUCCGGUAUUCUUCAGAAAGCCAAACGUCGCAGCCACCAGUCGCAGUCUUUAUCCGAUCCGGAACAGUCCGAAACCGAAUGGAGCAGUGGUAGACAGAGCGGUCUGUCAGAGGAUGAAGAUAGUGUCAUAUCUGAUAUCGUUCAAGAACCGCCUUUCUUUGCCAAGGUAAAAACUGCGAGUAUGAAAAGAAAGCAACCGCCACCGCAGCAAAUGACGGCGCAACAGCAACAGAUGAUGGCACAACAGCAGAUGAUCGCGCAGCAACAUCAGAUUCAAACGCAACAAAAGGAGUACCUACAACAGCAGCAGCAUCAGGCGCUUCAGCAGCAGAUGCUUCAACAGCAGCAGAUGCUUCAGCAGCAGCAAGCGCUUCAGCAGCAGCAAGCGCUUCAACAGCAGCAGACGCUCCAGCAGCAGCACCAAGUGCUUCAACAACAAAUUCGUCAAGAGCAAUUACAUCAACAUCAAGAGCAAUUACAUCAACAAGCUCUUCAGGAUACGUGGACCAAAGAGAAAGAACAGAGAAAGAUCGAAAUUAACGAGCAAGACGUAAACGAGCAGUUGGGCAUGCUCGAAGAAGAAACUUCAGGAAAGAGUACCGGUUCGGGGUCCGGUGGAUCAUCGAUCUUCCAAACAGUCGGCGACAUUAAAAGAUCGACGGGCAGUUCGGACGAGGCGCCUAACGAGAAGGCACCGAAACUACCUCCCGUCACUCUGAUCGGUGGCUCGAGCAUGGAAUUUGCCGUAUCUCGAGCACUCGGAAAGUAUCGUCAACGGCAAUCCUCAACAGUAUCUGAUGAACAACCAGCGAACGAUGAAAUUAAUAAUGAAAAGAAGAUAGAGGAAAGUCCGGCGCCAACUUUGGAGACGAGUUUCGAAUACCCGGAGGAUGUGUCGGAGAAGAGCGAGAAAUCAGGCAACGCCAAAUUGCCGGAACUUGUUACCAGUCUGUCGGAGGAAGCUCCGCCGUCGGAAGGUAGCCCGUCAGCAUCUAGCAUGAGAGGUUAUAGCACUACAGGAGGUACACGGUUUCUACCGCGCCACCAACAGUCUUUGGAGAUCCCUUGGACUGGUUCGCGGCCGGGAGAACCCGAUGAGGAUAAUCGCAGUACGCAUUCGUAUAGGAGCACAUCGAGAGUGUCCUCGAGGCGACAGAGCACCGAGGACUCGAUCGAUUCCGAGGACGAAUGGUAUUGUUACGAACUGAGAAAACUCGAGGAGUUGGAGAGGCAGUCUGAAAUGGAGAUGACCGAAGUGCUGAUUGAGGAACCCGAAGACGAAGCUUUCCAGCCGGACGAGACAGUGAAAGAAAAGAUGUCGUUUGUACUGAAGGAGCUUAAACUUAAAGCUAUCACAAAACCGAAGAAUCAGAGGAAGGAGGAAAAGGAAGAACCACGAACCACUAGAAUGAACGGUACAGUCAUCAAGGAGCAUCGUUUCGACGAGAACGAUAGUAGAUAUCGCGACGAGAAACCUAUUCCGAAGCGAAAGUCUGCGGAAAGCGUGGAGGCUGUGUUCGCCAGAGUGACCGAUUAUCAUACAUGGGCGCACGAGAUAGAAGCCAAGAAGGAAAAGCCUCCACCGUCCAUGGAGGAGGGUUCAUCCGGCGAGACGUCCGGUCCUGACAGUCCCGGACAGUCGAUGGACGAGGAAGAGGAGGACGAGCUGCCGAAGGAUCUCGAAGAACAGCAGUCGCGACGAAGUUCCAACGGUUCGACGCUACGUCACAGCGAGAAGAUGCCGCAGGGCUCAGAUUCCCUAUCCCGCGAAGGUAGCGUAAGUGUACCACCUAGCGAAGUGUCGGUCAGCAUCCCGGGAGCUUGGGAUUCUGAAAGCACUGUCCUUGAAGGCCUCGAGCGCGACGGAGCCGGUAGCGCCGAGACAGCUACCACGGCGACCUUGAGUCUACCGAAGAUCAAGAUCGACUCCUCGUCCUGCGGAAGCUCGGACACGACAUUGAAGGAGGGCCAGGUGAGUCCUGGCCCACCCGGGUCCAAGUGGAAGCUGCUCAAGGCCUUGAAGGAACGUAAGGCCGAGGAGAAGCUCAAGGAGGUCGAAGAAGCCUCUAAGGAAAACGCUAUCUCGCAGGGACCCACGGCAAACGGCAGCGGACCAGGCGGCGAAUCCGGUGGACGAGCGAACGGACAUCCGAGAGACAAUUUCUACAGCACCAUCGACAGCAUGCCGGACAUUCGACCGCGCCGGAAGUCGAUACCAUUGGUUUCCGAGCUGGUCUUGAAGACUAUGGCGGCGACGAAGAGGAACGCUGGUCUUACGUCCGCCGUGCCGCGAGCAACGCUGAACGACGAGGAGCUGAAGAUGCACGUGUACAAGAAAACUCUGCAGGCGAUGAUCUAUCCCAUAUCGUCGACCACUCCUCACAAUUUCGUCACCUGGACCGCCACAUCGCCGACCUAUUGCUACGAGUGCGAGGGUCUUCUCUGGGGCAUCGCUCGACAGGGAGUGCGAUGUAUGGAGUGCGGUGUCAAGUGUCACGAAAAGUGCAAGGACCUUUUGAACGCCGACUGCUUGCAGAGAGCGGCUGAGAAAAGCUCGAAGCACGGAGCUGAGGAUAAGGCGAUUAGCAUAAUUACGGCGAUGAAGGAGAGGAUGAAACAACGAGAACGAGAAAAACCGGAGAUCUUCGAACUGAUUCGGUCAGUCUUCGGGGUCGACGAAAAGGCGCACGCGGGUCACAUGACGGCGGUGGAGCAGUCAGUUUUGGACGGUACCAGCAAAUGGUCGGCGAAGAUCGCUAUUACAGUGAUCAGCGCCCAGGGAUUAAUCGCCAAAGAUAAGAGCGGCACAUCCGAUCCCUACGUGACGGUCCAAGUUGGCAAAGUGAAGAAACGUACGAGGACCAUGCCGCGAGAGUUGAAUCCAGUAUGGCACGAGAAGUUCUACUUCGAGUGCCACAAUUCGUCUGAUCGGAUCAAGGUCCGAGUGUGGGACGAAGACAACGAUCUGAAGUCGAAGCUGAGGCAAAAGUUGACGAGGGAGAGCGACGAUUUCCUUGGGCAGACCAUCAUCGAGGUUCGGACACUCAGCGGCGAGAUGGACGUUUGGUACAAUCUGGAGAAAAGGACGGACAAAAGCGCGGUGUCGGGCGCGAUUCGACUGCACAUCAGCGUCGAGAUCAAGGGCGAGGAGAAGGUGGCACCUUAUCACGUGCAAUACACCUGUCUGCACGAGAAUCUCUUCCACAGUCUGUGCGAGGAGAACGGCGGCAUGGUAACUCUGCCACAGGCGAAGGGCGACGAUGCCUGGAAGGUCUACUUCGAUCCUCCCGGCGAGGAGCUCGUUGACGAGUUUGCCAUGCGCUACGGCAUCGAGAGUAUCUACCAGGCGAUGACGCACUUCCACUGCCUCUCAACCAAGUACCUGUGUCCAGGCGUGCCGGCCGUUAUGUCGACUCUCCUGGCAAACAUAAACGCGUACUACGCCCACACGACCGCUAGUCCGGCCGUGUCGGCCAGUGAUAGAUUCGCCGCCAGUAACUUCGGGAAAGAGAAAUUCGUCAAGCUACUGGACCAGCUGCACAACUCUCUCAGGAUCGACCUAUCAAUGUAUAGGAACAACUUCCCGGCCUCAAGCCAAGAAAAAUUAAUGGAUUUAAAGAGCACCGUGGAUCUGCUGACGAGUAUCACGUUCUUCCGUAUGAAAGUCCAGGAACUGUCGAGUCCGCCGCGGGCCAGCACCGUUGUCAAGGACUGCGUGAAGGCGUGCCUGCGAUCGACCUAUCAGUUCCUCUUCGAGAACUGUUACGACCUGUACAAUCGGGAGUUCCAGGCGGACCCGAACGAGGCGAAGAGGGACUCGGACGAUCACGGGCCGCGGCUGGACUCGCUCGACUUCUGGCACAAGCUGAUCGCUUUAAUAGUCUCAGUGAUCGAGGAGGACAAGAACAGCUAUGCGCCCGUGUUGAAUCAAUUCCCUCAGGAGCUCAACAUCGGUCAACUGUCGGCGGCCACAAUGUGGUCACUGUUUGCGGUGGACAUGAAGUACGCUCUGGAGGAGCACGAGCAGCAUAGACUGUGCAAGUCCUCGGCCUAUAUGAAUCUACACUUCAAGGUCAAGUGGCUGCAUGCCAAUUACGUCAAGGACGUGCCGCCAUACAAGGGCGCCGUGCCGGAAUACCCGGCCUGGUUCGAGCCCUUCGUCAUGCAAUGGCUUAACGAGAACGACGAUGUCUCGUUAGAAUAUCUCCACGGUGCCUUUAGUAGAGAUAAAAAGGAAGGCUUCCAAAAGAGCAGCGAGCACGUGCUCUUCAGCGUCUCCGUCGUCGACGUCUUCACGCAACUGACGCAGUGCUUCGAUGUAGUAUCGAAACUCGAGUGUCCAGAUCCGGAGAUCUGGAAGAGGUACAUGAAGAGAUUCGCGAAGACCAUCGUCAAGGUUCUGGUGGCCUACGCGGAUAUAGUGAAAAAAGAAUUCCCCAGCCAUCUGAAGGAGGAACGAAUCGCAUGCAUUCUGAUGAACAACAUUCAGCAACUCCGGGUGCAGUUGGAGAAGAUGUUCGAGUCAAUGGGCGGCGACAAGCUCGAGGAAGACGCGGCGAACAUAUUGAAGGAGUUACAACAACAGCUGAACGGCGCGCUGGACGAUCUGGCCAUGCUCUUUGCGAUCAGUUUGGAGCCGCGAAUAACAGCUUCUGUCAGGGAGUUGGGAGAUCUUUUGUUAGCUAUCAAAGGCGGAGGGCAGGUAACUUUGUCACAGCCGGCUCAAAGAAACAACGUAACUGCAGAGGCUGACGAAGUUUUGAGGCCGCUCAUGGUUCUACUCGACGGCAGUCUAUCUCUGUACGCCGAGUCGUGCGAGAAGACGGUAUUAAAGAGACUGUUGAAAGAACUAUGGAAGAUAGUCAUGAGGAUUUUAGAGAAGACCGUCGUUUUGCCACCUAUGAUGGAUAAGAGUAUGAUGUUUAAGAACUUGACAGAUAAUGCCAAAAAUCUCGCUGCAAACGCUAAGAUAGAAGAUAUGUCGAAGCUGUUUAAGAAUCACAUGGCCGGGAAACCCGAUGUGAAAAAUGCUCUUAGCGGAGUUAUGGAUAUCUCCAAGGAAGUGGAGAAGAAUCUUUCGCCGAAGCAAUGCGCGGUUCUCGACGUCGCUCUGGACACGAUUAAACAGUAUUUCCACGCCGGUGGUAACGGCUUGAAGAAGACAUUCUUGGAGAAAUCGCCGGAACUGCAGAGCCUCCGUUACGCGCUGAGUUUAUAUACACAAACAACGGACACCCUCAUCAAAACCUUCGUUACUUCGCAAAUCAAUCAAGUGCCGCUCAACAAUGCGUCAACGCUACGUCAGCGUCAGCGUUCGAUGAGCAGCGAGAGAGCUGACGAAGGGGAAGGAGCCGAGGGUAUGGAAAGCCUCGAGGAACCCCUUCGGCAGAGCAAGCCCUCUCUUCGUCGAGAGAGCCGACAAGUUCCAGAUACCGCCGGUUCGGACGAGGGUUCGGUGGGCGAGGUGAGCAUCCAGGUAGAUCUUUUCACACAUCCGGGAACGGGAGAACAGAAAGUCACCGUCAAAGUUGUUGCCGCGAACGAUUUGAAGUGGCAAUUGGCGACAGGUAUGUUCAGACCGUACGUUGAGGUGAAUCUGAUCGGCCCGCAUCUCACUGGCAAAAAGAGGAAACAGUCGACAAAAUCGAAGAGCAAUAACUGGUCACCGCAAUUCAACGAAAGCUUCGACUUCAUGAUCGGUAACGAGCAGCAACAGCUGGACUUUUACGAGCUGCAUAUUUGCGUGAAAGAUUAUUGCUUCGCGAGGGAGGAUAGACUCGUCGGCGUCGCGGUGAUGCAGCUCAAAGAUAUCGUCGAGGAGGGUUCGUGCGCGUGCUGGCUGUCGCUCGGCAAGCGCAUCCAGAUGGACGAGACCGGCUGGACGAUCCUGCGCAUUCUCUCGCAGCGCAACAACGACGAGAUCGCCAAAGAGUUCGUGAAACUCAAGAGCGAUAUCAGGCAGGAGACACCGCUGCCGAAUCCUACCUGAGGAGAUGCGACGCCGCGUUAAUAAGCCGACUGCGAAGCGAUUCGAGUACUUCGAGCUUGGAAAGAGCCCGAAGAGGAGGAGGAGAAGGAGGAGGAGGAGGAGGAGGAACAGGAGGCCGUCCAAAGGGGGUUAGCAUAUUCGAUGCCUAUGGUGCCACGAGCGAACGAAAUCUUUCACGAUUAAUUUCGCGAGAGAAAGAGAGAGAGAGAAAGAUGUAAUUCGCGCAAUUUACAUGACGAAAACGAUCGCCCGAACCCUUCCGCCCUUCUCCGCUGCGAGAUACAACACCAGGGAGGAACGAUCCUAGGCAGCAAGAUGCGAAUUUCCUCCCUCCGGUUUUCCUCGCAUCGCAGAGCUCGGUCGAGUUUGAUAUUCCUCUCCCUUUUUUACGUCUUACACACACAUAUACACAUACACACACAUGCACGUAUACAUAUAUAUAUACAGAGCUUUAACCCCGUCCUUGGACAGCGACGAGAUGAGCACCGGGAACCACCCUCCACAGAUCCCGAGCUAGGACGACGAGCUAGGUCAACAAUCCCGCGUGGCUCGGCGUUCGUCCGGCGUACAAUAAGGAAUAAAAGAAGAAGAGAAUUUCUCUCACCCAGAUUUACGAAAAAUUAAAAUAAUCGAGAAAGAACGGAGCUCGACAGCGACGACGACGAUGACGAGAGACACUUUAAUACUAUGUAAGACAGGAGACACAUCGGACUCUCUCUUCUUCGUGCGAGUGAGCCGCGGAUGAGACGCAGGGGAGAAAGGAGGGAAGGGAAGGAGACGAAGGAGAAGAAGAGUAUUCGCGAGACGAGGAAACGCGAAACGUGAAAAUAGUGCUGCCAGUAUGCAAUAUAUUUGGUAAUAUUCGUAACGCGUAAAAUAGAAGACGAGAGAGAUUAAAACACCGCGAAAGAGACUGAAAUACGGUGUUUCGCGCAAAACGCGAUGUUACUCUCUCGAUCGGACGCGCCGCCGUUCGCCGAAAGACUGACCUCGAAAUAGGAGAAGACGAAGAGGAGACGAAUAGAGCGGAUCCAGCGCGUGCAGGAUCCCUGACCGCCACGCGGUCGUGCUAAAACGGAUGCUAAACGGAUAUAUGCAGAACGAGGAGGAUCGCAAAAUACGAAAUUCAUAAUACACACACGUACAUACACACAUACACGCGCUCGCGAUACGACCGCGUCGUUUCUAGGCCGUUUGUUCGGGAAGACGAGUUUACUGUAGAUACGUGAAAACAUUGUUGACGAAAAAAAAGGUUUUUCUAAAUAUACAGUUUAAAUGUAGCAUUGCGUACGACCAAAUAGGCACGUCCUGUGACGUCACUCAGCGACGUGCCGUUAGUAAUAAAAACAAAAAAAAGUUAGUAAGACAUUGUAAUUGUAAAGUAACGUUCUUAUUCGUAUAAGAUUAUACCAGAGAUGGAUCGUCUGACUGCUGCUGAUGUUAUUGCCGCUGUUGCGAAUGAUGAUGUCGAGAUUCGUCCGAAAGCUUCGAGAGUUACGUAAGCGCGAGACGAUACCAGACCGAGCGAACGUAAGACGUACACGCGACGAUCGAUACAUGCGUUAGAUCGAUAUCACCGUUCACGUCUCCAACAAUCGUUUCUGUGUAACGUAAUAGAGAAGGUAAGAGUCCCGGAUAUACCCGGCGACUCGCGUUUCGAAAACGAAUUCACCUUCUACGGACCGGCGAGCGUGCGAGCGCUAAAACUUUUAAACUUUACACCCUUGUAAUUAGUACUGUCGAUACUCGGGGAUAUUUCAGGGCUGUUAUCCAAGUGACUGAUUAUUUCCGGUAUUGCUCAUGGGUAACAAUGACUUGGAUAAAACCUGACAUCUCUCCGCGAGAUCUAUAUUCGUGAAUCUUGAAUCGAUGCUACUCGUAGUGCGCGCAAAGUAAUCAUACCGUAGCUCUUGAUUCUGUCUCUAGCGAUCGCUGCUUCUUACGCAUCUCUCUCGAAAUAUCAUGUAUCGAGACUGGACGUUAAAACUGCUACUAUUCCUAUUACCGCUAUUAGCUUCAUCUUCUGUACGUCUUGUCUCGUACUAUACUUGUACAUAGCGAACGUUCGCCUGUUCGUAGGAAUGCGUGUACGCACGAUUUUCUAUCGUCUCCGCCGAUUUCUCUUAUUGAGAAAUUCAUAUCGGAUCGACGGGACGAAGGGGCGUCCUCUCGAAAACGAUCGCGGCCUUCUUCGCGAUAUUUGCGAUCGUACGAAGCUUUGGUCGGAUCCCUCCGUGAGAGAAACACAAAUGCAUGCGAUCUCGUAUCCGAUGAAUCCGAUCAUUGCCCAGCCCGUGCUGAGCCGGGCAGGUACAACACAACUCCGGAGAGAUUACGCUAUAUUCAAAAGUUUCUACUACGUAGUACGUCUAGAUUAUACUUACGUAUUGUGUAUAGUGUCUAAACUGCUGAUGUAGCUGCGAGCGCGGGAUUUUCGAUCGGCAAAGAAAGAAAGAAUCGAGUACAACACUUAAAAGAAUGAACGUCCGAUCAACACCUACAUACACACACAUACAUAUACCUCAGCUGCAGAUGCUUUCCGAAUUUGAGUGUGUACGUCGAAACAUCGCACCAUGAAUUGAAGGAUCUUAUGCAACAGUGAUGUGACCUACCUCUUUGAGAACUUUCGUGAAAGAAUUAAUAUUAAAGUUAAGAAAAAUAAAUUAAUAUUAAUUAAUUAUAGAUUAAUCAUUUGUAUUUGUUAAGUUUAAAUUUAAAAACGAAUGGGAGAUAUAGAUUCUAUCGGGACAUUGAUAUUUCAAAAUAUUCUCCGUCAAUCAUACAAGACAUCUAGAAUCAUAUUAGAAUCUUGCUAGAACGUUUCAACUUCAAUUUCAUGAUCGAUUUGAAGAAAGCACCUGCAUCUGCAUCUGUCGCCGACGUUGUCGGAAAUUCAAGCAGGAAAGAAAAACACGGGUCCGCGACCUCGCCACCAUCUUCAUUUGUAAAAGUGUCUAUUUUCUCCGCUGCCUAACUAAGUACAUUAUUGAAUACAGAAGGGCUGGCGAAUUCGGCAUCCAGAUCGAUCUCGUCGACGAACACGUCCGGAUAAUAUCUCGUUCGCAAUCAGAUUGACCGAAAAAAAAUCUCGAUCGUAGAUCCGUCGAUACGAUCGUCGACGGGAUUGGUCGCUAAUUUUUCCUCCUACUCUCCGCUUCGAUUAAUAUAUCUCUUGUAAGCUUAAAUGAAAAUAUCUCGUGUAUUCUGUGAUAAUUACCCCUUAAAGAGGACACUACAAACACGCUACACCGUACACGCACAAAAAAACAUACACACGUACGAGGGAGACGAAGUCCGCAUACGCGGAACAAGAAAAUUGUACAGAAACUCUGGACAGACAUAAACAAAGAUAGAUACGAUUACGUCAUUACACCGAUCCCAAACAUAGCAGCAGUAUUCUUCUUCUUUAAUUAAACACAUUCCCAUGUUUCUAUUCUCUGUAAUCAUUAAACGUCCGAGGAAUGUCGUCGGGAUGGUAACGCAAGACGAAAAGAGAUAUAUAUGUAUAUACUACGUACGUAUAUAGAGUGUGUGAUCCAGACUCGCCUCCACUUCCUUGCAUCUACCGAUCCUGUGACCAAUUCGCAGUUGAUUUCUCCUUAGCGAAAGUUUGAUCCUUUUCCACGACUUUCUAAUGUCAAAUACAUCUUAAGCCUCUCGAAUAAAAAUGCUGUGAAAGUAAAAUUCACUUCGAAUUGAAUAAAAUUUAAGGCUCCGCCGUUCAUUGAAAUUCUUAGACUUUUUAUCGUCUUACAGUUCAAACGUUAUCGCUACCUUGACGCUUUUUGUUAAGGAAAAAUACACGAAAUUGAUCGGAGAGUUUGUAGAUAUGGGGUGCGCGGAACCUGAGACACCCUAUACCGCGUUAACAAAUUGCAACGAUUUCAUCAGCAAGGAGAUACGGAUAUAUAAAAAGAUAACGGACGCAAAAGUAUGCAGUGCAUAACGACAGUAAUGCUUUUAAUCUCAACGAAAUUCAAUAACCGAUAAAAUAUAACAGUGAUGCAAAAAAAAUAAUUCAGGCGUUUCAAGAACUCGCUCUUACGAGCAAAGCUUUAGAAAAAUGGCAUGUAUUAUAUAUUUAACGGUUUUAUAAUUUAAAUGGCAUACAUCAUAUUUAAUAAUUUAUAUCAUAUGAAUAAAAAAUUUAACAUAUUUUCUAACAGAAUUUUUUACAGAUUUUUCUUGCUCUGUUCUAAAAUCUAUUUUUCAUAAUUGUACAUAUAUAUCAUUCUCGAUUCUCCAAAUUACAAUGCGAGACACUCUAAAUUUUAUAAAUAAUAUUUUCAGUGAGACUACACCUUGUCUCAAAAAAUCCAAGACGAGUCAUUGAUGUCAUGAGUGUGACAAAAUAUGUGCAAGUUGAUCCAUUAUUGUCACUUUCCGUAUAUUCUUUCGAGCAUGACAAAAAAGUUUAAAGAAGCUUCAAUGGAGCGAGGUCAAAUACUCCGAUUAUUUCUUUAUUUGUGUUGAAGAGACGAGCUUCUAAUUGCCGCAAACUUUUGCGUCCGAUCGAAUCGAGAUGAAUCAAGACCAGAACUUCAGGCCACAGAUUCCAAAAAACGGUUGCAAGUGAGACGUUAAUAGGGGGAGGAAGAGAGAUCGCGUAACAAAAAAAAAGAACUAUGGAGAGAAAAAAAAAGAUAUACACAACUGUUGACAAUACUAUACUUGAGAAUCGUAUGACACAUAUUUGUGUAAUGUACCUAAUAAAUAUUUAAAACAAGACGGGAGAUGUUUGUGUUUCGUAAGUAAAAGCGUACUAAGAGUAAAAUCGCGCGAGGAGACGAUGCACUCGCGCGACGCAUAACUUUUGCGCGGAUUACCGCGUGAUUUAUUAGGUAAUUACGUCUAAUGAGCAAAAGGGAGGAGCAACUUUGUCGUCCCACGGAGAGCGCUGUUAUUGUCGAGACAAUUUUUCGAGGAAAGAAAAACGAAAAAAAGAAAGAAAA